UAAGGGUGACAGUUAUAAAGUUCUUAUUUCGUCGUGUACCUAUGUGUUUAUUUAGAUAUAGAAAAGAAAAAACAGUUUAUAAUUAAAACGUAAAAUGUGCCAAGAACUUAAUUGGGACUUUAAAUACGGCGAACUCGCCAAAGACAAAGAUUUCGUGAACAAUGUUGAAAAUUUGAAAGAGAAUUUAAUAGAAGUACAACAAGUACUCAAUAAACUCCUUCCGUUGAAGAAGAAUUACGACAAAAUGUCACUACCAGCUCAGAUUGAACUAGAUUUGUUUUUUGUAUACACUUUAAAUUCACUACAUUGGAUACAUUUACGAACAAAAGGCAUCGAUCCCACAAAACAUCCCAUCAAAGAUGAAUUGCUCAGAAUAAAAGCUACAAUGUUAAAGUGGCAGGAAGUGAAGGAUCGCCAGAAAAGACCCACCGUUAACGUUGAAGUGGCGAAACGUUUAGUACGGAAUGGUCUGUACGACCAUCAGAGGGCUCCCGUGAAACAACUAAACAAACGAAUAAAAUUUUCAGAUAACGAAGAGUAAUUCGUUGAAAUAAUUAAUUAAUUAUCUGUAAUUUUUAACUAUUUUGGUCUUUUUAAGGAAAAUUGUUGAAUUUUAUAUGUUACACCUACAUGAUUGAUUGGUGACUAAGGGCUCUUUUUAAAAUUCUCAGUCAGGGUCAGUUAAGAUUUACGAAAUUAGUAGUUUUGAAUCAGUUGUGGUGUUUUAAUGAAGAUCAUGUGAUGUUUCUUAUUGUUAUUCAUAUUUUCAUUGCCUAGAUAACUGGAAGAGCUCAUGACUCAGUAUGGAUUUAAAUGGUUACCAGAGCUCAAAGCAUCCACCUUGCCACAUGAUUUCGAAGUCUGUUUUAUAGUAUAAUGUCUGACCCAGCCUAUAAAUAUCCACAAUUAUGUGAUACUAUUAUAGGUACUGUAUUAAUAAUUAUUUAGUGGCUGCUUGGUUAUGAAAGAAGAGAUACACAUGCAUAUAUCUCUAUUUUCCAAAAUUCUUAAAAUGGAAUGAAUCCAUUAGGUUCCAAUGAAGUCUAAUACUAAAUGAUAAAAUGCCUCGUGCAUUCAAAUUGAGUAGUGUGACUGUGCUGGUAUUUGAAUCCUAACAAUUUUUGUAAUGAAAUACAUACUGAACAAAUGUUGAUGAGUGAUUUGCACUUCCAUGGUGAAGGAAUAACUUAGUCUAAUACAAAUCAAAACUAUAAUUUGUACAAUUACUGGUGGUAGGGCAUCUUGCAAGCCUCUAUGGGUAGCUAUUGCCUCUCAGCUGAUUUCUUCCAUGGAGGGUAGGGCAGCCAUUGUUCUGUAAAACCUGAGACUUAGAACUUUUGACUUUGUCAAGGUAGGUAACAGCAUUAAUGCAUUUGGUGUUUGUGGGCUCCAGUGACCACUUAACAUCAGUGAGCUCGACCACCCAUCUUAGUGAUAAAAAAAUUACAUAAAAAAACUAGUUAAUAUAGAGAAUCCUAGUUUGAGGUCAAAAAGAGUGAAAAAAAAUUCCACUGCUCUUUAAAUAUAUUUUUUAACUUAUCUCAUGAGACUAAUAAGUUUCAUGUAUGAGGACAGUGAGUGAGGACAUUGAUCUGUAAAGGCGUUGAAAUAAUGAAAAUUUAAACCAUUGCAUGAAUUCUACUGAGCUGUCUGUUUAACUAGAAAUUGAAAAAUCAAACUCCAAAGAAUUUCAUAUAUUUUUUUCUACAUUUAGAUGUAUUUUACUAAACUUAUUAAGAUAGUUUGUCAAAGUUAAUCUUUUUUGUUGUAUUAAUGAUUAUUAUUGUCAUUAUUUUAUAUUUAUUUAAUUAGUAUUAAACAAAUAAAGGCAUCUGACAUUUCGAAGAAGGUUUACAAGGGCAUUUGUAUUAACAGUGUUCGAAUAACCACUUUAUAUCAGUUAGACCCUAAGGCCAGUUUGCCUAUCUAUACUAUUAAAAAAGUAAGCUUUCAAACUUAAUAAUUUUGCAAUAUUAAUAGGUAUAAUUGCAUCUACACUGUAGAUAUCAAUCUAAUUGACCUGUAAGUCGAAAAUUGCAGUUGAAGUUGAAAAAGCAGUUGAGUAUUUGCUGUAUUAGAAAACUAUUAGACAAUUGAUAAAUGGUUAUCAGUUGAUACACUGACUGCUGAUUAAACUACUUUAUGAUUCACCACCUAUUUAACUAGUACAAACAAACCUGUAAUUGUUAUAAUUCUAGUAUUGUACAAAGCUUACUAGCAUAUUUGUUUCGUUUUAACCUACUCAUUAACCACUUUUAGUGAAUAUGCAUUUUUUGUAAUUUAUUUAAAUAAAAUGUUAUUUAAUCGGAUCAGAUGUCAUUGUAUGAAACAACUUUGAAACUCUGUAUCAUGACAAGUGUUUAAAUAUUAGUAGUUAAAUGUUAACAGGUGUAUUGCAUCAUUUUCAUCCUUCAUAUUUAGUUAAUAAAAUAAAAAACACAUACUAAACGAAUGUUUCUUUAUUAAAAGACAAUUAACAUAUUAUACAUUUAUGUAUAUAUUAUAUUUAAUUGACAAAUCCAUCAAUGAAAGAAAUGUAGAAUUACAGUUCCAUUUUUUUUAAACAAAUCAAAUUUGUACUUCGUAAAUAUAUAAAUUAAUAUAAAUGUAAUUUUUUGUUUUAAAAAAAAAUUAAAAUAUUUGAUGGCACAAAGUAGUGGCAUAUAAGUAAGACGACAACUUUAAUAUGAAACAUAAGUAAUGAUAUACAAGUUGCAAUGAGCUCCUAAAAUAAAAAAUAGGAACAUAAUGGUCUAUUUCAGAGAUCUAAGGCGUUUUUAAAAUUUUAAGUGUAUUCAUAAGUGUGGUAAUAAUUUGUUUGUUAAUUACUAGCAGAGACAAUACACUUUACAUGUUCCUAGUGAAGCCGAGAGUUUCAGGUGACUAGUUUUUCAUAGCUUGUUUUAUAUGUAUUAUCAAUGGACUGUGUCAAAUCUGCGAGAUACAAAGUUGAGGGUAGGUACUAAAGUUCUACAUUUCGUGAUGUGCAAUAAAACAAAAAACUACCCUUUAUUUGAUUUACACAGCUAUCUUAGACAUUUUCAAUUCAAAAUGAAAACACAUCUUUCAUUUUUAUCUCUUAAAUAUCUUUCAUAAUUUUUUUCAUUCAUGAUUUUUUUUUUAUUUAUCAAUAAGGGCUCUUAACCAACAUAACACAAGGCUUGUUAAAUAUUUUGUGUAUAAAAAAAAAUUAGCUUGUAUUUAUUAAUGAAAAGCUGUAUUACAUCAGAGCUUGAUUAAUUUUGGGAAUAAAAUAUAAUAAAAAGUCUACAAAA